ACAAGCUCAAAUAAAAAUAAAAAUAAAACCACUGGCCCUCUGCCCAACACUCAUUGCUCCUGACACCUCUCAAAACUGUUCUGUUUCUCUCACUGUUCCUUCACCACCACCAUCCCCACCCAAGUACUCAUAUCAACCAAACCAAACUAGCAUUGUCUGUACUUUACUUCUCUAGAGAGAGUUUUCUAGAUUCAUACUUCAUAGUACCUACUUGGAAGAGUGAUUUGAAGAACCCAGAAAGUUGAAAAAACAAAGGUUUGUUUGGUAACUCUGAAGCUGAUUUUUUUGGCUCAAAUUGAAAAACUUGAGUCACAAUCAAACACAUCAACAUGAAGGACCCGCCGUUUAUCAAAGCUUCUAAGGGCAAAGUAACAGUUCUCUCCUCGUCAAAGUAAGGUAAAAACACUAAACCUUAAAAAAUAAAAAAGAUCUGCCUUUUAUUUUUUUGAAGGCAUUUCUUUUACUUUUGGUUCCAAAAUCUCCAAACUCAAAGAGAGUGAAGAAGCUUGAUCUAUCAGAAGAAGAAGAAAAUGGGUUGUUGUUAUUCGAGAAUAGAGAGAGAAGAGAUCGUGUCAAGGUGCAAAGCAAGAAAAAGGUACAUGAAACAACUGGUAAAGGCAAGGCAAGCAUUCUCAGCAACACACAGCAUGUACCUCCGUUCACUUCGUAGUACUGGUUCAGCUCUUCUCCAGUUCGCCAAUGCCGAAACCAACCUCCACCACCACCACCACCACCACAACAACUACCACAUGCAACCACUUCUUCCUUCUCCGCCGCCGCAGACUCCGGCGCCACCUCCGCCUCCUCCACCUCCAAUGAGUCCCGGCUCCGACACCUGGACAUCAAUGACUGCCUCGCCAGCUCUACCUCCGCCGCCGCCGCCGCCUCCUCCGCCUAUGGCGUCGACUUCCACGUGGGAUUUCUGGGACCCAUUUGUGCGGUCCGUGACGGAGGAGGAGGAGUGGGAUGAGGCCACCACGAUGGCUUCGGAGGCGGUGGCUACCACGACGGGCAUUGGGGCAGCGAGUACCACGCCGCCACCUUCGGUGGUCAGUGGUUUUUCUAAGGACACUACCGCGAGUGAGCUUGCUAUGGUGGUGUCAAGGAAUAGUAAAGAUCUUGUUGAGAUUGUGAAAGAGCUUGAUGAGUAUUUUCUCAAAGCUGCUGAUGCUGGUGCCCAAGUCUCAAUCCUCUUGGAAGUUUCAAGUUCUAUUAGCUAUUCAUCUCAGAGUAAAGGAGGAAAAGUUUAUAACUAUGGGUGUAAUUUGAGUCCAUCGACGUGGACAUGGAAUUUGAGUCCAAAAUCAAAUGGUUUUGGGAAGUUGGGUGAGGAAAUGCUUGGAAGUAGUGUUGCAAGCGGGGCUAUUGUCAGUAACAGCCAUUGUUCAACUGUGGAGAGACUAUACGCUUGGGAGAAGAAAUUGUAUCAGGAAGUCAAGACUGCUGAGACCUUAAAGAUAGAGCAUAAGAAAAGGGUGGCACAUCUAAGGAAGCUAGAGUUGAAGAGGGCUGACUAUGUGAAGACUGAGAAGACCAAGAAAGAGGUUGAAAAGUUAGAAUCACAAAUGAUGGUUGCUUCCCAAGCCAUAGAGUCCACCUCUUCUGAGAUCAUCAAAUUAAGAGAAACCGAACUGUAUCCACAACUGAUUGAGCUUGUCAAAGGGUUAAUGUGCAUGUGGAGGAGCAUGUAUGAGUGCCACCAAGUCCAAACCCACAUAGUUCAGCAGCUGAAAUACCUCAAAACCAUCCCAUCAACUGAAGCCACAUCCGAGAUUCACAAACAAUCAACUCUCCAGCUUGAGCUUGAAGUCCAGCAAUGGCACCAGUCCUUUAGCAACCUGGUCAAGGCCCAAAGGGAUUACAUCCAGUCCCUUGCAGGCUGGCUCCGACUUAGCCUCUUUCAAAUCAGCAAAAAUCCACUAUCCAGAACUUCUGAGGAAUCCAAAAUUUACUCACUUUGUGAAGAAUGGCACAUUGCAGUUGAGCAUAUUCCAGACAGGGUGGCAUCUGAAGGGAUUAAGAGCCUCUUAACAGUAAUCCACGCCAUUGUAGUUCAACAAGCGGACGAGCAUAAGCAAAAAAAGAAGUCAGAAUCUGUAUUUAAAGAGCUUGAGAAGAAGGUCACUGAGCUUAGAUCACUCGAGUGCAAGUAUGGUCCAUAUUCCAUGGCAGAAUCCUAUAGCACUACAAGUGGCAAGGACCCAGUUGCAGAUAAGCGAGCAAAGGUGGAAAUAUUGAGAGCAAAGGCAGAGGAGGAGAAAACUAAGCAUGAAAAAUCAGUUGGUGUAACAAGGGCAAUGACACUGAAUAAUCUUCAGAUGAGCUUUCCGCAUGUGUUUCAAGCCGUAGUUGGAUUUUCUAGCGUGUGUAUGCAAGCAUUUGAAUCAGUAUACAACAAAGCCAAAAGCGCCGGUGAGGAGCUUGAUGUGAAGAGGAUACUAGGUUGAGAGAAGACCAGAUUUAGGAAAAAUGACAGCAGUGGUUUUUGUAUAUAGAAGUGCAUCCUUUUGGUUUUGGCUAGACAAAAGUGAACUCCAUAAGAUUUUCAGGAUUCUCCUCCUUUGCAAAUCCAUUCGGCCCAGAUUUAAUUCAGAGCUGAGACUUUUAGUAAUUUUUCUAGGCUUGAAGACUUUGGUGUUUGUCCAGUGGUUCAGUUAAGUUUGAUACACAAUAUUUGAAAGUUUGAAUGUAAUUUAGCUAGGAGUUUUCAAUUAGAUUUUAUACCUUCGUUUUGUCUUUGUCAUAGGAAAGCGUUUGGAUGCUUUUGGUUUUA